AUGUCGAAAGAUCGAUCAAAGCCAACAACUGCUGCCGUGCAGAAGGACGAACCGCAGCCUCAGGCUGAGACAUCCACGAUAGCAACCAUCGAGAGCACUGCUUACCCAACCUCAGACACGAUCAAAAUCCCGGACGAUAUGGCCGAGCUUUGGCUCCAGGAGGCACCCGACGAUCUCCCAGGUCCAGUCAUGAACGAGAAAAUCAUAGCUGUCAGGCGAUUGGGCCUAAAGAGAAAUUACCUUUACUUGCUAGAAGGGACGGAGAAGUGGUUCUGGCCUCAGCGUGUCGCCAAAGACGCGAAGGAUACGUGGAAGAAGCAAAAGAAUGUAGCAUCCAUGAAAGGCCAGAAUCUGGAUGUUCAGAACAGCCUGCAUGCUUACGACUUGUUCCUGAUUCGGGUCGAUUCGGCAAAGGUGAAUCCGCUGCACGCUGACCUCGGUGUCGUCGAUCGGAACUGGACAGACAUAAGAGAAGUUCGAUACUUCACAUCUCUUGCUAGCAAAGAACAGAACACCGAAGAAGAGAAGACUCCAGGCGCUGCUAAAGCUCAAUCCUCUAAGACGAAAAAGAGCAAGAGCUCAGCAUCUAGUGCGCCUCAAGAAGCGACAUCGAACCCCUCCAGUGCCGUGCACAUUAAGAGAUUAGAAAAGCGGAUACUUGAGGCUAUUUUGGUGCGAGCAGCAAGACGAUCGAGCUGGUUGUCAGCCAAGCAUGAGAAGGCGUACAGCUUUUACGAGAAGAAGCACUAUGACAUGGCUCAAGGCCAUGGCCUACAAACACCGUACAUAGUACUUGACACAGUCGGUUUUGCCAGUACUUACCCGAUGGAAUACAUCGGCAUCCUGCUGCGCUUUGUGCAAGACAUCGAUCCACUCUCUCCUGUCUUAGAACCAAGGAACGAGCAUGAGCCCUGGCAUAGGGAUUUCCGUCCAUCGGAAGCACACGAACAACGACCUACGAUAAACCCGACGAAAACGUUCAAAGUCCAGUGGGAACAACUGACGGACAUGAGCGUUAAGAGUCUGCUCGACACCCAUCAGCAAGACCGGGAAGGAAUCGUUUCAUUGAUAGUGUCUGAAGCACCACACACGCUGCACAACGACAGUUGGGUGUUGCUUCUCGUACUCACUAUCGGGACAGAAGAGUACAUCGAGCGUUGUCUCAAAUCAGCGGGUAUCAAGGUUGAGAGCGGAUGGUAUGAACGUUCUUGCCAGAAGCUUCUUCAUCAGCUUAAGGAAUCGUCCAAAGCGGAAUUGACACUCGUAGAGGAUUCUGAUGUGUACACAGCAUGGAAAAGGCUGAAGCAAGAAAUCCAUCGGGGUGAUGUGUAUCCUGAGUGGCUCGAAGAAGACGCCGACCAGUGGUCCGAUGGAAACAUCUCUGGCACGGAGAUAGAACCGGAAUCGAAGACUCCAGGUUCUCGCUCUGCGGACGGCGAUCUCGACACUGCAUAA